GCGCGCUCCCGCCCGCCCGCCCGCCCACCUCCACACGCACACACCCGCGGCGGGAGGAGGAGCGGCAUCUUCCUCGCUGUCUUCGUUUCGCCAAUUUAAUUUCCCCCCCCGUCCUCGCCCCUUUUUCUUAAUUUUUUUUUUUUGUUUAAUUUUAUUUUAUUCUUAAUACUGUAAUUAUCUGUCGGGGUGCUCCGGCCGGCUCCCACCGGAGGGGGUGGAUUAUUCCUCGGGGGAUCCCCGCGGCUCCUCGGGAAGGUUGCUGACACUGUGGCUGCAGUUUACUCACAAGAUACCAACCAAACACUAAUAUUUGGAGAAACACUUGGAUAGGUAAAGUUCCUCACCCAGGAUGCCUUUCAAAGCUGGAUUAGAACUGACUGAAUUGCAGAAUAUGACUGUCCCUGAAGAUGAUAACAUUAGCAAUGAUUCAAAUGAUUUCACAGAGGUGGAAAAUGGCCAGAUAAAUAGCAAGUUUAUUUCGGACCGAGAAAGCAGAAGAAGUCUCACAAACAGCCACCUGGAGAAGAAGAAAUGUGAUGAAUACAUCCCAGGAACUACUUCACUGGGGAUGUCAGUCUUCAAUCUCAGCAAUGCGAUCAUGGGCAGUGGGAUUCUGGGUCUCGCUUUUGCCUUGGCCAACACAGGAAUUCUCCUUUUUCUGCUGCUUUUGGUUUCAGUGACGCUGCUGUCUAUUUAUUCAAUAUAUCUCCUGUUGGUGUGUUCAAAGGAAACAGGCUGCAUGGUGUAUGAAAAGCUGGGUGAGCAGGUCUUUGGUACCCCAGGGAAAAUGAUUGUCUUUGGAUCUACAUCUCUCCAGAACGUUGGAGCAAUGUUGAGCUAUCUCUUCAUAGUUAAAAAUGAGCUGCCUUCUGCCAUAAAGUUUCUAAUGGGAAAAGAAGAAUCUUUUUCGGCAUGGUACGUGGAUGGACGGAUUCUUGUUGUCACAGUGACGUUUGGUAUAAUCCUCCCUUUAUGUCUCCUUAAGAACUUAGGGUAUCUUGGCUAUACCAGUGGAUUUUCAUUAAGCUGCAUGGUAUUUUUCCUGGUAGUGGUUAUUUACAAGAAGUUUCAAAUUCCCUGUGGCGGAUCGGAGCUAAAUGCAACAUCAUCUAUCCUAUCAAAUAGCUCAGCACAUGAACAUAUGUGUAAGCCAAAGUAUGUUAUCUUUAAUUCCAAGACCGUGUACGCUUUGCCCACCAUUGCUUUUGCGUUUGUGUGCCACCCGUCAGUACUCCCGAUUUACAGCGAACUUAAAGACCGUUCACAGAAAAAAAUGCAGUUGGUUUCAAAUAUCUCAUUUUUUGCCAUGUUUGUGAUGUACUUUAUGACUGCCAUAUUUGGCUAUUUGACUUUCUAUGACAAUGUGCAGUCAGAUCUGCUUCACAAGUAUCAGAGCAAAGAUGACAUCCUCAUCCUGACGGUGCGUUUGGCUGUGAUCGUUGCGGUGAUACUCACGGUGCCGGUGCUGUUUUUCACUGUGCGUUCAUCAUUAUUUGAGCUGGCUAGAAAAACAAAAUUUGACUUAUGCCGUCAUGUUUUGGUUACUUUUGUUCUUUUGGUUAUCAUCAACCUGUUAGUCAUUUUUAUCCCAACCAUGAAAGAUAUUUUCGGAGUUGUAGGGGUCACUUCUGCCAAUAUGCUGAUUUUCAUUCUUCCUUCAUCGUUGUAUUUAAAAAUUACACAGCAGGAUGGAUCCAAGUUGACUCAGAGGAUUUGGGCUUCUCUUUUCUUGGCACUGGGGAUAAUGUUUUCCCUAGUGAGCAUUCCCUUGGUCAUCUACGACUGGGUACAGUCAGGAGGUAGUGGGGAAGGCCACUAAAGUUCACCCCCUUCUGAGAAGACACCCCUGUUUGCUACACACCAAAAUCACAACCAUCCGUUCUGUUAUCUAUUCCAUCUUUUGUGAGUUUACUCAAAUCAAAUCCAAAUAAUGAUUAUCCAGUACUGAAAAUACUGUUAUGGGUGUAUUUUCUUGCAGAAAACAGACCCAUUUUUCCAACAGGAGUAUCACUCUCUUCCCCGAUACCGAGUUAGCAGAUCAGCGCUAAGUCUGUGUUAAUUGUCUGUGAGACUAUCUAAAGCGUUGCUCAUAGGAAUUCAUCACAAUUAAUUUGUUUCCCCUCUUCCACCCAUGAAUUGCAUUGUUCCAUUAUUAUCCUUACCCCUUCAACCCUAAGCUCUGCUCCUUUAGGGCAGCAGCGCCUGUUGUUACCAAUACCAACUGCAGUGAUGUCAGUUCACACCCUUUCCUUGCCGCCCCCCCCCCCCCCCCCCCCCGUCUAUUUAGCCAAAACUCUGCUCUCCAAUUGUACGUAUCAGGUUUGUUGUUUGUUUGUUCUGUUGCUGUUUCGUGCUACAUUUGCCUCACUGGGUUAAGUGUACCUGCCAUUCUGGAUACGGGCACGAAAAGCACCAUGAGAGUGUAAAUGAGCGUUGGAUAAGCGUAGGUCCUAAAUCUGGUGCUUCUCUCUGAUGUUCUGGUGAGGGAGUUAGUUUUAGGGCUUGGCCCUUUCGUGGCUUUGGGUGCAGACCUCUAUGUGUGUGUGUGUGUCUUUGUGAUGGGGUGCAGAGAGCAGGACAGCCAUCACCACCAGCCACUGUUCCCCUGGAACACUUCAGUUGGAGCCUGACCAGAACUAGGCUUGACCCCAGACCAUGAGUGCUUGAGCCUGAAAAGCAGCAGACACUUGGAGAUUUCCACUGGAAGUCUGCAUUUUCUUCAGCAUUAAACCAUUUACUCAUGCCCCACUUCUCUCAGAGAAAAAAAAAAAAAAAAAAAAAAAAAAAAAGGGAAAAAACCCACAAAACCCAACCAAAACUCCAGUUUGAUCAAAUCCUGCACAUUUAAUCAUAUCUCAUGCUUUUUCCGUUCUGGGAUUCAUUUGUGCAUACCUUGUAGAGACUGGCUCCUCUCUUGUGUCUUGCCCUCCUCCCACUGAAAUCAGCAGGGUUUCUGGCAGCAGUGGGAGCAGGAUUUGACUCACCCUGCCAAACUACUGGAUUUCUAAUGGAAAUUGAAAUCUAACAUUUCUUUAAACAAACAGAAACACUUUAUAUCUAAAAUGUUUCAUGUACAUUUCUCAUCGAUUCUCCAUAAUAAUUAAAGACAUUUGAUUACUACUAGCAGAAACACUGUAACUUGCAUCUGUUGUCCACAAAAUAAGCAUCUGCCUAAUGCCUUAUAGCUGGUGUAGGGAACUACUUGUAGAGACUCAAAUGCUAAGCAGGUGAUUGUUAACCAUCCUAAGCAGGCAUCUUCUAUUAGUGCACUGCCAGCGUAAACGUAUUCACUUUGUGUCAUUCACCGUGUGAGCUCAAAAGCGUCUCAAAACAUGAUCCUGGCUCCCACUGAAAGAACCGAUGGCUGAAGGGAGCCCCACUUCGCACCCCAGGGCUGAGUGAUGCCCGCGGUAUGCUCCAGCCAUACCUGUCAGUAUGCAGUGACCCUCUUGCUCCCAGUAGCUGGUUCAUUGCCGACUCCCAUUGUAACUGUGGAAGGAGACUGUCUUCAGCUGUGGGGAAGCUGUCAUUGCAGCUUGCUUUUUCUAAGGUUAGGGACGGAGAAUUUGGGAUCUUGAGAUUUCUGUGUGAGCUACUGAAUUGCCUCAGUUGCCAUUGUCGUGUCCUACAUGGCUUGAAGUCACAGAGUUGAGACCACAGAGCACUUCUCAGGAUGUUGACAGUUGGUUUCUAAGGAUAACAUCCAGAGAGGUUAAUUUGGGGCCUUCCUUGGAAUUUGGGCAUUGAGAUGCAGAGCGUUCAUGCUGCAGAAACUAAGCCUACUAAACCUGGACUUCUAGAUCUGUACCUCGGCCUAGGCAGUGAGGUACCCUGCUCUGUUGAUACUCCACUGUGAUCCAGAAAUAAGGCAGAGUAGACUCUGCAGGCUGCCCAAGUCCUUGGAGUAGCCCAGCAGCAAGAACAAAACUGGAAGCCUCCUCUCUCUGGGCAGAGUGACCUGCUAGAUUGCAGAGCAGGGUUCCCUUACUCGAUCUUCCUCAUGGCCCCUCAGACCUUCAGUCACAGGCUCCCAGCAAGGUCUCUGGUGCAGCAUCCUUCCUCCCAAACACCCUCCAGCCCAGCACUGAACACACAAACUGCUGAGCUACCUGCAACCCCCAGGCUAAGGUCACUCGUGCUUUCCUUUGGCUGGUCUCAAACCCUUGCCUGCGGUGGUGCAGGUCUCCAGUUCUCUGCACUGUCUCUUUACAAGACUGAUCCCUGCCCUUACUCACAGAGGAGUCCAUACCCGAGCCUAUGAGCCCAGGGGUUAGACAAGCUCUGCAGAGAAAAACCUAUGCUUGGUUCCUAUCUCCUCGCUGCUUGUUGCAGGCAUCUUCCCAGCUCGGGGUGUAAGUUUGUGGCUCCCCUUUUGCAGGCACCCAACCCUCCCUGGUCACUGCAGCAGGAGCCCAGCAUCUCACUCCAUUCUCUGACUCAGCUUGCUGGGGUCACGUUUUCAGGUGCCUUAUAAUCUCUCUGGAUCUUAUCCUAAAAAACCUAACUCAGACCUGAGAAUGCUGUACUGUGUUAUCUUCAAGAUGCUCCGGGGCUCUCCUGCUUUCUUCCCCCCCCUUUACCUUUCUACUACUGAUUUAUGAGCAGUGCAGCUCUGUGCAUCGGGGGGUUGUGAGAGAGGAGAUCCUGUGACCAACUUUCAAGUAUCCAGGUAUGAGCUAGAGGUCUGAUCUGCUGCACAGGGUCCCAGCAAGGUCACAACUGCAACAUCUCCCACUCCCCGCCAUAGUCUGUAGUCUUGUGUUUAAAAUACCAACCAUUGAGUUUUGGCACCCAGCUUCUUCAACUUGAAGGGUUGUUGGGUGACUGAUUGCUCCUUGCAUCUUCCCAAAUCUCCUCCAUCGCUAUCCCUCUCUCUCUCCUCUUUGCUAUUCUGCCUUCUUUUUCCUGGUUUAUUUGUAUACUGGAGUUUUACUGGAUAAAUAGGGAGAAGAAUGAUCUGGGUGUGUGCAUAGAAUGAAAUUACCCCAGGUACUGGACUAUCAAAGCAUAUCUUAGAUACUAAAAAAUAGAUACCCAAAAUUCUGAGUCUUUAAACAGACUUUGUUUCUGGGUUUCUGAAAAAAAAAAAAAAAAAAAGAGGGAAUUUUGCUUAGACUGAUUUACUGGCAUCAUAUUUAUAGGUAUUUAUGGAAAGGAAUCAUGUGUUUAUUGAUGUCUGUGGUAAUGAACGUGAAAUAACGUGCUUUUUGUUUUCUCAUCAGGUUUAUACAUUCUUAACAGAAUGCAAUAGACCCUGCUGUAACUGUCAACAUCAGUGAUGGAUGACAAUAUUUGUAUGAGGUUAUCUGUAAAAUGUACUGCUGUUAUUCAGUUCAUUUGGACUAGUGAACUUGUAGCCAACAAUGUACGAGUCCCACAUUUUAGCUAGGAUUUUAAGAGCACAGUGAAAUGCUGUAGGAGUUUCUCUGUUGUUAAAAUAAUAGAAUCCAGAGUACCGUAUCUACUUAGUAGGUGGUAGCAUGCUUUCUUUUCAUAGAGAGUUUAUCACUAUUGUGAGCACUGCAAAUGUCAGACUGGAUGCAAAAUUGCUCCUAAUAACUACAACAAAAGACUUUGAAAUUCUUGUUUGCAUACAGCAACAAUUGAUUGGUGAGGGACAAGGAAGGACUAAUUAGAAGCAGGGGCUCCUAAUAAGAUCGUAGGAGUUAAUCCUACAGUUAAAAGACAGCCUUCCUGCCUCUCCUAGUCCACAGCACAUUGCAAAGAAAAUAGUCAUGAGCUUAAAGCACCCUUAUGGUUGCAGAAUACAGCUGCCCUUCUCUGUCCGAUGGCAAACACACCUAGUAAGUGAAACGCACUAAAUUGUUAUUUGGGAACGGUAUCUCAGGAGCAGUGACCUCUCAGGGUGAUGCUUGCUCUUGGUCAGAGGGCCAAUGCCAAAUCCGUGGCCGGCACAGACCCUCUGUUGUUCUGACACGGACUGCGUGGUGCCCGGCCCGUGCCCAGGCCCAGGACAGGAUGGUGGGUCUCAUCCUGCGAGGUCAGGGAUGGGGAUGCCCGUCCGCUCCUGAGGGCUGCAGCCCUGAGCCACACACCAGCCCAUAGCUUGUGCUCCACUUGCAAUAGGUCACACAUGCAAACACAGGUUUGGUGAUACAGGGGCUAUGUCUGUACAUCUGCCUUACAAUGCAUAAGCACCACAGCUCUCUGAUAUUAUUAAAAGUAACAAUGAAUGGUAUGUCUAGCUUAUCUUUAAACAAGUAAGUUUCUUUGCUUGAACCUUACAUUAAGGCUAAAGAGCAUCUGGGUCAGAACAAAACUCUUUCCAUAUGGUGGUGUCCCACCUCCAGUCCUACUGUCCCCCGUUCCGUGCCUGUAGGAGAAAGGCACAGCAGAAUGUACUCGGCUCCAUCAGCAGCUCCACGAGAUGGCUUUAUCGCCUGGCGCCAGGGUGCUUUCUUAAACAAUUCCCCAGAGCCCUUGGAGUCAGGAAGAUCCUUAGUUCCUGUAACUUACACAAAGAAUGUUUUAUUUGUAUCUAAUGUAAGGAUUUCUGUAACAAACUGUGAAAAAAGAAAAAAAAAAAAAAAGAACUAAUUAAUAAAAAUUAUAGGGCUGGAAAGGUCUAGAAUUCACAAAUUGUACACAUGCCUAUGUUUCUGAAGACCAAUCUAUGCAGUUGUGUUGUAUUGUAGGAAAUUUCAUUUUUAUGUACAUAUAUAUAUUGUAAAUAAAUAGGAUGCUGUAUAUUUUUGCAGUUGUUUAUCCCCUAAGAUAUAGAAGUGUUGAGAUAGGCUCUGAAUAUUAAGAAUAAUUUUAAUAGAAAUACAAAUACUUUAGCUUCUGACUUAGCAAAAUGUAUAUCCUUUCCUUUCUCUCAAAAGUUCACAAGUUAAAUCCUAAACUUGAAAUUAUAAUUACAUUGCUAAUGUAACAAGAAAAAGCGAAAUAAAAGGUCCAAUGAAAUUGCUAGGAUUAAUUCCAGUGCAUGACUCCCUGUUUUCUCAUCAGCAAGUUAGCCAGUCUUUCUGCUGGGUAAAAUAUCUCCCUUGUAAAAGGCCCCUUUGGUACGCAGGUACCUCUCACCUCCUCAGCUGAGAUCAGGUGGUAGUAAAGUACUGGAAAGGCUUUAUGCCGAACCAGAGCAAACUGCAGCCAGCAGUUUGACCCAGCGUUAUGCCAUGUUGUAUCCAUGCGUGUAUUUACCCAACUAGUACAAACAGAAGUCAGGGCAGGACUUUUGCAUUCCCAUUUUCAGCCACCAGAAAUGCCUGCAGUUCAGAAAAAAAGCACUACAAGCCAGGGGUGGGCAGCUACCAGAGCAAUUUGUGCCAUUUCUAGCCUGUUCCCUUCCUGCAGUCCUGCGGCUGCUCCUCCGCCGCAGACCCAGGCACGUUGCUAUCAUACGACCAAAACACCAGCACCUGAGGCUGACGAGAGCAUCCCCAGCCAGGGAUGGCUUGCACAUCCCACCCUGCCAACGGGCAGAGGCCAGUAGUUUGGUCGUGGGAUGGCUGCGUGUCCAGGGCUGCGGAUGAUGGGAGGGGAGGGCUGUGUACGUCCUGAGAGUGCCUCCGUCAAGGGCCUUGCGUAGACUUUCUCACUGGUAAAGCACGGGAAAAAAGUUUUUUCAGGACUGCUGAAAAACUGAGGUUGAGAAAUGCAUCUUAAAAUAAUUGGGGUUUUUUUCCCAUGUUUACUUUAUGGUCUUGGAUGAAAAUGAAACUUGAAAUUAUGUUUGCUUUCACCGUGAGCACAAAUUUGAGGAAAAAAACUAUAUGCAGUUACUUCUACAGAGCUUUUCAAAUUAAUACAAGUGUACGUUUUGUUUUCAGUGUUAUAGCCAACAAAAUAUAAACUGUAAAGGUAUUUUUCCACAAGACUUGAACUUUAACUUGUUUAUAGAAACCUGUUUUUAGUGUCCUAGGGUAUGUUAAGGCUCACCCAGAUCCAGUAUAAACAAUACUGUUUGAAUGAUGUAUGCUUGAUAUGAGCUCGUCUCUAAUAGGUUGUUGAAGUGAGUCAUCGGUAAUAUUUUGCUCCUGCUAACAUCACCAUACUUUGUGCUGCUCAUAUCCAAAUAAACGAUGCAGAUUUUCAGUUUCUGUGUGUAAAUAAAU